UUUUGACAUUUUCCCAUUUUUUAAUUUUAUUAAUUUGUUUUGUGGGCGGUCAGGCGAAGCAGACGCUCCUGAGAAUAUUACUUCUCUUCUUCUUCUUCUUCAUUUGGUAAGAAUAAGCCAAAGCAAUCCCAAAAACCCUAACGGUACUGUGUAGAAGCUAUAUACACCAUUAACCUACUUCACCUCUGCACGCAAGAGCCGAUUCGUUUCCCAAUCAAGAUUUUUCUUUCCUAAAGCCCUAAAAUUUUCGAUUUUCGAUUUUGAUUUUGAAGAAUCGGAACAUUUUGGAUGUCUCCUGCAGCGGUGGAGAUUGGGUCUCCGGUUGAAAAUUUCACUGCAUUAUUCCCGGAGAGUGUUCACUCUCACGAUCAAGCAAACAUGGACCCUUCGUUCUCCUUUGGGUUUGGUGCUGGUUCAGGACAAAAUACAAAGACUCGACUAAAGCCGAGGCUGGUGAAACUGAGGAAGAACGAAAGGAAGGUCAAAGGAACCUCUUUUUCCGGCGAGAUCCUCUCAGGUUUCAACCCCUUUGCGCCGCCCAGUAACGGUAGUCUUCAUAUGAACAGUGGGGAUAAAUGUUUUGUCUUUGGAGCUAAUGGGAAUAGUUCUGGUGCAAAAGCUAGUCCAGGUAAUGCCACUGUAUCUUCUUUGUCUGAUGAAGAGUUUAGUACACCUAUAGGGGACUCUGAGUUGGGUUCGGAAUCCAGUAAAAAACAUUCAGAUAGAGUUGUGCAAAAGGUAGAUAAUGAGAGCACAACUUGUGAUGCGAAAACUGGACUCAAGUUUGAUUGUGAUGGAAAUGGAAGCUGGAAAAGUGUUGAGAAUCCAGAUGCUGUCAAGGAGGACAUAUACAAGACAUCUUGUUAUGAUACUUGUAGCAAGUCUAAGAGUUUUCACUUUGCUGAUGGUAAAACUGUCCAUAGAGAUGGUCCUGAAUUGAACCUGGCUGCUGACUUGGAGAAGCUUAAUAUCAGUGAUUCCAGAGUUUAUGGUGGCAGCGACUAUGAGGAAGCAAGCAAAUCCAUUAACACACCUGUGUUUACUUUUGGUAACUUUGGAAAGGUUGAUCCUAAAUGUGAAGCGGCAACAUCAGGGUCAUGCUCUUUCAGUUCCAAUGGUUUUCACCAAAGUAAUAAUGUAGAGGAAGUAAAACCAACUUUCCGCUCCAAGACCACCAACGUAAACAACCUAUCAAACACUAGCUUUAGUACAGGAACAUCCUUUGAUGAUUUCAAGGUACCCGUAUGGGAUCCUUCUUCGCUUAAGAACAGUCUGUUUCCAGAAUUGAGUAGAAUUCCAGUACACCAACGAAGAAAUCGUUUGUCCAAGGACAGGAAAUCGAAGAAAAUCAAGGAAAAAAUGAAACAGCCUGAGCCGGAUCGAUGCAACGAUCGGACUUCUGCGGGAAUUCAGGCUCAAGAAAAACUGAACUCCCCUGAAAAUUGCUCACCCAUGGAUUAUUCUCCUUAUCAAGGUGAGAAAGCCAGCAAUCAAUUUACAACAGAAACUCCUCUGACAUCAUUUGGUCCCUCACAUUCAAGCAAACAUGACAAUUCCCGUUUUAGCAAUGACUCUAAGGUUGCCUCAGCUUGGGAUUCAUCUCUCUUCACGGCAGAGGAUCAUGGAAGUAGUUGUAUGCCAAAGUUUUCUUUCUCAGCAUCCACUUCUCAGGGAACAACGCCACACACAAAGCUUCAAGCUGUAAAGAAAUAUAGGAGGAAACUUAAUAAAAGUUUGCCGAAAAACAAUCUUAAUGCAACCAUGCGAAACAAUCAAGAGAAUCAACCUGUGAAUACAAGUCAAGCAAAACAGGACACAGGCUCUACAUCGAUGAUGCCUGAUGUCUGUGAGGUCUGGCGGCUAAGGGGAAAUCAAGCCUACAAAAAUGGUUAUAUGAGUAAAGCCGAGGAAUGUUACACACAGGGUAUUAAUUCCUCCCCGCCAAGUGAUAACUCAGAAUACUCUGUGAAACCUCUUGCACUAUGCUAUGGUAACCGUGCAGCAGCAAGGAUUUCUCUUGGAAGAUUGAGGGAGGCGAUAACCGACUGUGAGAGAGCUGCUUCACUUGAUCCAACCUACAUUAAAGCGUAUAUGAGAGCUGCAAAUUGUCAUCUUGUGCUGGGGGAACUUGGAUCAGCAGUGCAGUAUUUUAAUAAAUGCAUGGAAUCCACCGCUAGUGUCUGCUUGGAUCGACGAACUACUAUAGAAGCAGCUGAAGGCUUACAACAGGCUAAAAGGGUAGCUGACUUUACCAGCUGUGCAUCCAUAUUAUUGGAGAAGAGAACACCUGAUGGUGCAUCUGACGCAUUGGUUCCAAUUGCCAAUGCCUUGUUGAUUAGUUCAUGCUCAGAUAAAUUGCUUCAAAUGAAGGCCGAGGCCCUGUUUAUGAUCCGACGUUAUAAAGAAGUGAUUGAGCUUUGUGACAAUACCCUUCAGACGGCUGAGAGGAAUAUUGUUUCAGAAGGGAUCGGUGGGACGACAAAUGUUGAUAGAUUAGGCUCUACGCAUCACGCCCUAAUAGUGUGGAGAUGGAACAUGAUUUCCAAGUCGCACUUCUACUUGGGAAACCUUGAGAAGUCCCUUAAUAUAUUAGAAAAGUUGCAGCAAGUGGAAUAUAACUACAAUGAGAAUCAGGAAGAGUGUCGUGAGUCACCAGCUUUUUUAGUGGCCACCAUUUCUGAACUUUUGCGUUACAAGAACGCAGGUAAUGAAGCUGUUCGGGAAGGAAAGUAUAUGGAAGCAGUAGAGCAGUAUACUGCUGCUCUAUCAAGAAAUGUUGACUCACGCCCUUUUGCAGCAAUUUGCUUUUGCAAUCGAGCAGCUGCUAAUCAGGCCCUAGUCCAAAUUGCUGAUGCAAUUGCUGACUGUAGUCUUGCCAUGGCUCUUGAUGAAAACUACACGAAGGCAGUUUCCAGAAGAGCCACAUUACAUGAGAUGAUCAGAGAUUAUGGUCAAGCAGCUAGUGAUCUCCAGAGGCUUAUCAGCAUUCUCGUAAAGCAAAGUGAUAAGACAAAAACACCAGAGACAUCUGCUGAUCGUGCAAGCAGCAGAAAAGAACUAAAGCAGUCCCGUCAACGGUUGUCUUUAAUGGAAGAAAAAUCAAAAGAGGGCAUUCCUCUGGAUUUCUUCCUCAUCAUGGGAGUGAAGACAACUGACACUGCGGCUGAUAUCAAAAAGUCAUACCGUAAAGCAGCUCUUAGACAUCACCCAGACAAGGCUGCACAGAUUCUUGUCAGAAGUGAAAGUGAAGGACCGUGGUUGAAGGAGAUAUUAGAAGAGGUUCACAAGGGUGCAGAUAGGCUCUUCAAAAUGAUUGGAGAGGCAUAUUCAGUUCUUUCUGACCCGACUAAGAGGUCGGACUAUGAACUCGAGGAAGAAAUUAGAAAAGCCAGGGCAUCUAGAGAAAGCUACAGAAGCAGAAAGGCUGCGGAAGCAAGUAGCCCUCCUUAUCAGACAAGUGCAAGCAGGCGAUACUGGAGGGACAGCGGGAGGACAUACCGAAAUACGCCUUCUUGGUGGUAGAACUCUAAAAUUCUUGGUGGCAUUAGGAAAAGGAACCCAGUAUUUUUUUGGUGGUUUAAGCAAAGAGGAUUCCUCCGAGGUGAGUUAUUGCAGAGCUGGUGAAGUGUACAGGCCUGCUACACAUCAGUUCAGCAAAUGAUACCAGCUUGCAUAUUAAAGAUUUGUUUGCUUCAAUGGUGAAAACGGGGAACUCAACUCCUGUGAGGUUGUGACCUAACUACACAUUGUCUGAAAAAUUACUGAUUGUACUGUUUGUAAACACAUUUGGUAGAUCAGAGAAAUGAGAAACCUAAUUUGGUCUUUAACAUAUUUUGUAUCUGAACCUCUCCAAAUUCUUGAACCUAAUACACUCUUGAACCUCAA